GAUCGCUGGACACGUGUGUGGCUUACAAGGCUGUCGAGGUCUUGGCGGGCGAGAGUCCCGCCAAUCUUGCUCCAGCCGCCUGGCAGAACCCACUGGUCUGGUGGCCCUCGACUCCGUUCCGGCUCGCCUCCUGGUGCAGAGGCUCCCUCCCCAUGAAGCUGCCCCCGCUCCCGCCCUUGCGGCACAUCGUCCCCAUCUACGGCCUCCAAGCAAAGUCUCAGCUCUCUCAAAACUUCAUUUUCGAUCUGUCCGUCACAGACCGGAUCGUAGAGAAGCUCGGUGAUGAUCUCGAUAAGGCUUUGGUCAUUGAGGUCGGACCAGGACCUGGAUCGCUUAGCCGCUCGAUCUUGAAUGCUGGUGCAACAAACCUGGUUUCGGUUGAAAAGGAUCCCAGGUUUCAGCCUCUUCUGAAUCAAUUGGCCGACGCUUCGAAGAACCGAUUUCACUUCCUUAUCGAUGACAUGAGGACUGUGGAGUACGACAAAAUACUUGCUGCAGCCGGCACGUCGCUCUCUGAAGCAAUCAAGACCAAGACCUAUAUCGUUGGCAACUUGCCUUUUGCAGUCGCAACGCCAAUGCUCGUUAACUGGCUCCGCCUAUGCAGCCAUCGAGUCGGACUGUUCCAAAACCCAAACAACGUUGAGUUCUUGUUGAUGUUUCAGAAAGAAGUUGGAGAAAGAAUCACGGCUCGGCCAGGCACACGUUCAAGGAGCCGGAUCAGUGUCCUAUCCCAAAGCGUCUGCGAUGUCAAGUUGACCCAAGAUAUCCCGAGGGGUGUCUUUGUGCCCAAGCCCAAAGUAAAUGCGGCAGUUGUCAGACUCAGGCCAUCAUCAUCACCGGUGCUUCAAGGGUGCGAUAUCGAGGCGCUCGAAGCAGUAUUGCGGUGGAGCUUUGCAUCCAAGAGGAAGACGAUCAAAAAUAGCAUAAGGAGCUCCAUCCCUGAGGGAACCAGAAUUUUGGGACUGGCUGGAAUCGAUCCAGAUGUACGUGCAGAGACGCUGUCGACUGAAGAGUUUGUCCGCCUGGCCCAAAUAUGCUGUCAGGAGGGCUUGAUACCUGUGCGAGACCCAGAGCACGGCCGUCCCUAGAAAUACAAAGCGUCUCCAGAAUCGUAUUUCAGCAUGAUCGGAACGAAACGGGGCAGUGAUCU